GCGGCGGCGGCGGCAGCAGCAGCAGCAGCAGCAGCAGCAGCAGGUUCCAGCUGUGGAUUCUGCUAGCCUCGAGAAGCUCUUCUGAGCCUUCCAGCACCCAGCUGACCCCCGGCCCCCUGCAAAAUACAAUCAUCCUCAUCCUGAACGUUUUGAAAUCUGGGCUGGGAAAUGGUGUGCUGAGCACCCUCUGGAGCACACUGUCCCUCCCUGGACCUGAAGAAAUCUAAGGCCCAAGCCAACAUGGCUAACCCAGGGCAGCCUCAGUUUCAAGACCCAGGCUCCACCUCACCCCUGGACCCGCCCGAGAUGGAGAAGCUUCUCACUAAAGUGGAGAACAAGGAUGACAAAGCCCCGAGUCUGUCCAAGUCUCUGUCAGGGACUCUGGACCUGGAGCAGAAUGGUCACAGCCUACCCUUCAAGGUCAUCUCUGAGGUGCACCGCCAGCCCUCCCUCCCUGGCUCCCCUUCCCGGGUUAGCUCUAGACGAGCGUCCUCCGUCGCCACCACCUCCUACGCCCAGGACCAAGAAGCCCCCAAAGAUUACCUGAUCCUGGCCAUCGCCUCUUGCUUCUGCCCUGUCUGGCCCCUCAACCUCAUCCCUCUCAUCUUUUCUAUCAUGUCUCGGAGUAGUGGGCAGCAGGGGGACCUGGAUGGGGCACGGAGGCUGGGUCGCCUGGCCCGGCUGAUGAGCAUCACCUUCAUCAUCCUGGGCAUCGUUAUCAUCAUUGUGGCUGUCACUGUCAACUUCACAGUCCAGAAGUAACCGAGGAGCUGUGCCUAGCGGAGGCCAACGCCAACCAACUGGAGAGCUCCGAACCCACACGUCCCCACACAUUACAGAGGACAGGAUGGUGGCUGCCACGUGCCCACCUGUCCCCAAGCUCCAAAAGCACAAACUUGGAGGGAAACCUCUACGUAACUCCAUUGUCAGCCCACGGCAGACGGGAAGGAAAGUCUGGAAUGUAGCUGGCCGUGAGCUCAGUCCCAUAGUCCCGUCACUCGCCCUUUGAUCUCAGUUCCCGGGCUUGUUUCUCAGCCCACAAUUCCUGG